CGGGCCUUGCUUACGUGUGGUUGUGCGCGUCAGAGUAGCGAAUCGCGAGUGCGAGCGAUCGUCGCGGCGAGAGAGCGAAUCGCGCGCCCAAAGUCGAGUACGCGGAGAAGGUAGCGGCGAAUCAGUUACGCCCGUGUCUUCUCUUACUCUCUCUUCUCUUUCUCUCUGUGAUCAACGUUUACGCGCGAUCGACUUAUUCGCGCUUCGUGUCUUAUCAUUCGCACGAUGCCGCACGCGCUCGCCUAAGUGUCUCUUUCUCGCUCGCGGAGUUUUCGAAAGUCCCGGAAAAAGGAAAGGAGAGAAGCGGAUGCGCGCGCGCGCUUCUCUCUCCCUCUCUCUCUCUAUGCGUUAGUGGUGCGUCGCGCUACAGCUACACGGGCGUCCUUCCGCGUUCCCGAUCUCGAGUGCGCGCUCGCGCAUUCGCCCUCGGAUUCUAACAGCUAACUUGCAAUAGUGAAGUGUGAUCUCGUUUUCCGUCCUUACGGUCGUCGCUCUCUCCGGUUACCGCCGCGCGCGGGGAUCAGUUAACCUCGCGAGGUCUCGUGCGACUUUUGCCCGGGAUAUAUCCCCCUCGCGAAGCGAGAGAGGGGGGACAGUGCGAAGAAGCGAUCCGGUGGAAAGUUCUCCGACUCGCGACUACGAUUCGAUUCGAUCGUCGAGGAAUCUUCUCGCGGGGAUGUCGAGAUAACCCGGCACCAUCCAACCGCGCAGGACCGGAUUACCAUGCUGGACACGGCCACGAGUCGCAGGUGGCUUGUCGUCCAGGCUGAAACUGUGAAGAGUACAGAUUGGCAGCAUUAUGCUCGCAACGUAACAUCAAAACUUCGAUCAUCUUCUUCUUGAAUCGCGCUGCGAUGUUGUUUAGGUAAGCGGGUGGGAGGCGCUGCUGACCGGUGGCGGCGGCGGCCAUGCGCCCCGGCCCGCCAGCACAGCCGAGCCGCCGCAGGUCUCCCCGUCGCCAGCAUCCGCGCCAGCAGCAGCUUCAUCGGGAGCGCGACCGCAAGCAGCGGCAGGAGCGUCAUCGUCCAUCGCAUCCGCUGCCGCGGCCGCGUCCACGCGCCCUCCUGGUACUGCUGCUACUGGCCAGCAGCCCCCUGGUCCUGAGUCAGGCUCUGGAGCCGCCGGCGGAGUCACCGGCUUCUCCGCCGGUCCAGUGCCACCAGGUGCCCUCUCAUAAGAAUCUCUGGUCGGGGGGCAAUAAAACCGCGGGCCAGCCGCUCAACUUGACCAUCGGCUACCUCACCGCCAUCAAGGGCGACCUCAAAGAUCGUCAGGGUCUCGCCAUCUCCGGCGCUCUGUCCAUGGCUCUCGACGAGGUCAACAACGAUGAGAACAUUUUGCCGAAUGUGAAGCUGGUGAUGCGAUGGAACGACACGAGGGGAGAAACUACCGAUGCUACCAGUGCAAUGAUCGACAUGAUUUGCGAGGGGGUCGUGGCCUUUUUCGGACCGGAAGGCUCCUGCCACGUCGAGGCGAUAGUCGCUCAAUCACGCAAUAUACCUAUGCUCAGUUAUAAAUGCUCGGACUACAAGGCCUCGAAAGUGAAAGCCGAAGGAAGGACCUUCGUGAGGACCGAACCGCCAGAUACGCAGGUGACCAAAUCGGUGAUCGCCCUGCUACUGCACUAUGGAUGGAACAAAUUCACGAUCGUGUCCGAGAGCGCCUGGUCGACGGUCGCCCGUUCGCUGCAAGAACAGGCAACCAAGAACAAUCUCACUGUGAACCAUUACAAGAUCGUCGAGGAUCGGCACACGUGCUGCGAGGAGAGGCUGCCUUGCUGCCAAGUUAGCGUAUGGUUUCAACUCAUACAGGAGACCAAAAAUAUGACCCGUAUUUACAUCUUCUUCGGCACGCCAAUGUCACUAAUAGAUAUGAUGUCUUCAAUGCAAGGCCAAAGGUUGCUGGACGAUGGAGAGUACAUGGUAAUACACGUGGACAUGAUGAUGUAUUCGCAACGUGAAGCACAAAAGUAUUUAUGGAAACCGGAAGAUUUUGAUAAAGCAAAAAACUGCCUCGAGCCUAAAGACUUUUUGAAAAAAGCACGCUCGCUGAUGGUUGUUGUAUCAACGCCACCAACGCAAAAUUACGGAGAAUUCACUAAAAAAGUCCAAGAAUACAGUAGUAAGGAGCCUUUCAAUUUCGUAAUCCCUCCGCUUCUGAGAAAGUAUGAAAAGUAUGUGUCCAUUUAUGCGGCGUAUCUCUACGAUUCUCUUAAACUGUACGCGAGAGCCUUGGAUCAGCUUAUGCGAGAUUUACCGAAUCAAUCUGUCGAGGAGCUCGCUAAAAAUGGCACUCUUAUAAUUGAGACGAUUAUCAAAAAUCGUACAUAUCAAAGUGUGAGUGGAGCGACCAUCAAGCUGGAUAAAUUUGGAGACUCGGAGGGAAAUUUUUCGGUUCUUGCUCUGAAGAAAGAACCGUUCAUUCGGGACAACUUCUCAUGCGACUAUCAAAUGUUGCCCGUAGGCCAGUUCCUGCAGGGUGAAACUCUAGUAUACAAACCUUGGGGCGCUAUGGAGUGGCCUAGUAAAACUAAACCGGAAGCAGAACCUGGUUGCGGUUUUCAUAAUGAACAUUGUCCGAAAGACGAUACACAUUACCGCAGUAUCAUCGCCGCCGUGGUGCUGGGCAUCGCGUUAUUCUGCGCUGCAGUAAUCACUAUAAGUAUAUACCGACGAUGGAAAAUAGAACAGGAAAUAGAGGGAUUACUUUGGAAAAUUGAUAUGAAUGAUAUACACGGUUAUCCUCAUCUCGAUAACAUGAUGUCAUCCCCUAGUAAGUUAAGUUUAGUUAGUGCAAUGUCCUACGAAUCGAGAUGCGGCGGCCAAGUGUUUGCGCAAACUGGGCAUUACCAUGGUGUAGUGGUGCGGAUAAAAGAGUUGAAAUUCUCAAAGAAAAAGGAUAUUUCACGGGACGUUAUGAAGGAGAUGCGCAUUCUCCGUGAAAUUAGACAUGGUAAUCUCAACUCUUUCAUCGGAGCGUGUGUAGAACCGAUGAGGAUAUUGUUAAUUACCGACUAUUGUGCCAAAGGAAGUCUUUAUGAUAUCAUUGAAAACGAAGAUAUAAAAUUAGAUGAUAUGUUCAUUGCAUCAUUAGUUCACGAUCUCAUUAAGGGUAUGCUGUAUAUUCACGAGUCAUCUGUGCUAGUCUGUCAUGGUAAUUUAAAAUCUUCCAAUUGUGUCGUAACCUCACGUUGGGUGCUUCAAGUUUGUGAUUUUGGUCUUCAUGAUAUGCGUCAUUGUGCUGAAUCUGACAGCAUCGGUGAACAUCAGUAUUAUCGAAGCUUGUUUUGGAAAGCGCCCGAGCUGCUAAGAAAUCCACACGCUUCGAUUAGAGGCACUCAAGAAGGAGAUAUUUAUUCUUUUGCUAUUAUUUUAUACGAAAUUCUCGGACGUAAGGGACCGUAUGGAAAUAUAAAUCUGGAACCCAAAGAAAUCAUAGAUCGAGUGAAAAAGUUUCCGGAAGAUGGUGAACCGCCGUUUAGGCCUAACUUAAAUAUACUCUCCGAGUCGAAAGCAAAUUGCGCUGAUUACGUCAUCGGUACUAUUAUGGACUGUUGGGCGGAAAGUCCAGAACUUAGACCAGAUUUUAAAACGAUAAGGACUAGAUUAAAGAAAAUGAAAGCGGGAUGGCAUCGAAAUAUAAUGGACCAAAUGAUGAAUAUGAUGGAGAAAUAUGCAAGUAAUCUUGAAGAUCUAGUCACCGAGCGUACGGGACUUCUUUUGGACGAAAAAAAGAAAACCGAGGAUCUACUUCACAGAAUGUUACCUAAGCCCGUCGCGAAUUGUUUAACAAACGGUAUUGGAGUAGAACCGGAAGCCUUCGAUUUGGUUACGAUAUACUUCAGCGAUAUUGUCGGUUUCACGGCGAUGUCAGCAGAAAGCACGCCAUUUCAGGUUGUCAAUUUCUUGAAUGAUCUGUAUACAUUGUUCGACCGUAUAAUUAGAGGCUACGAAGUAUAUAAAGUGGAAACGAUCGGGGAUGCUUACAUGGUCGUUUCCGGUCUUCCAAUCAGAAAUGGAGAUCAACAUGCUGGACAGAUAGCAUCAAUGUCGUUGGAAUUACUUAAUGCUGUUAAACAUCACACAAUACCUCAUCGGCCUCAAGAAACUCUCAAAUUACGUAUCGGCAUUCAUACUGGUCCUGUGGUAGCGGGUGUCGUCGGUUUGACAAUGCCUAGAUAUUGUUUAUUCGGCGACACUGUCAAUACUGCGUCUCGUAUGGAAUCUACUGGCGAACCAUUACGAAUACAUAUAAGUAAGCAGUGCAAAGAGGCAUUAGAAAAGAUCGGAGGUUAUCAGAUAGAAGAACGCGGCUUUGUUGAAAUGAAAGGAAAAGGAACAAUGAAGACGUAUUGGCUCACAGGGGCUACUGUGACACAUAGAAAGAAUACAGAGAAUUUUAAUGAAGACGAAAAUCUUCCACCGUUGUUCUGCAGACCACGAAGAAGCCCAAAACUAAAUCCAGAUUCACGAUACGCCUCACUGUUAGAAGGAUUAGGUGCUGGAAGUCGCAGGCAUUCAAGAGUACCAUAUCCGGCUGAUGACUCGUCUUCUCAGUAUGGUGGAUCUAGUCCAGUUCCGCGAUCAUUACAUGCUCGCAAACUCGAGAAAUCUCCCUUAUCUUUAACCGAAAGCGUAUCGAAGAGCACACUGGACAAUAUUUCAAUCCAAGAAGAAGGUGUGCAGAGACAUUUCAAUAUUAAAUCGCUCGACGAUCUGUUCAUAAGUGCGGGACCGAAAUAUAGGAAAAAUGCACGUGCUUUGUCUACGAUCGCAUCCUCAUCGUCAAGCGACUAUCCAUCUCAAACUGUUAUACGCGAAUCUCGUUCAUUGGAUCCGAUUCCCAGUGAUAUAUAUAACAAACGUUUUGAAUCGUCAAAUUUUUGGAAAGAGAAUGAAUGCACAAGGACUGAUUCAAAAAUGGACAUUUUGGAGAAAAUGCUGAACAAUAAUUAUCCUAAUGGUAAUGUGAUAAUGCCUCACACCGAUAACUUGUCGAAUGAAGCAGAUCCGCUGUUAGGUGACAACAGCGAAGGCAAGAGCGAAAUACGAGAGAAACGUUCACGUUCGCUGGAUCAAGUGGUAUCUGCAUCUAGUAUGGACAGUGUACCUGAUAAAAAGUCUUCCGCACGAAAGCUGUUAGAAAUUCCACCUGUUUCAACUAUCAUACAGAUGUUUAAUGGUAACGGAUUGCGAAACAGUAAUCAUUCUUUAAGAAGAGGAAUAAUACCAGGGUACGAUAAGCAAAACGAGCGCGAAAGUGUGGUCUAG